CUGUUAAAGCGCCGAUAGUUUGUGCGACCCAAGUUGCUCGAGGAUGAGGGAGAAUUUUCCUCAAAGCUUAAGUUCGUCAGUUGCUAUCCUCAUCUUCCUUCUGUUGGAUGAAAAGUUCUUACGCUCCCUGCGUCUAAUGAGAGAACAGCUCUCAAUUUUCGGUCCGCUUGAAGAGUUCAAAGUGUUCCAUGAUGAAAUAAAUCUUCGAACUUUUUGAAGGAGAAGAGGAAAACUCUUUUUAAAUUCAUAAAUCUUUGUAAACACCUUGUUACAGUUUCGAACUUUCUUUUUUGCACGAAAGGAAAAAUGAUUUAUAAGGAAGUUGCUGAAAGGGACAUUAAUCAAAUGAAGGUCCAUCUAUCACAUCACUGGAUGGAAUGAAUUCAUCAAUUUCGUCACAAUAUACAAACUACUUAGUGUUCUAAUUUUUUUAAGUUCCCCACAUUUGAUGAAGAAUGAUUGUUUUGUCAAUUUCUCUACCUUUCAGAAACUUUCUUACUUUAUUUUAAAUAAUGAGUUAAACGUGGCACAUUUGUAUGAAAAACCAUGGCCUCAAGAGUUUUUUUACUAAUCCUGGUCUCUAUAUCCAAAAACUUCCCUCAAAAUCUUAAAUAAGACCAUUUUAGAAUGUUAUAUUUCAAUUAAGUAUUAACGAAAACCAUUUUAUCAUAUUAAACAAAUCUUCAAAGCAAUAUAUAUUUGUGCACUUUCUCUAAAUAUUUUAUUAUGGGUGGUAAUUCAUAUUUCGACACGGAUGCAGAGCUACAAGAAAUUCCAUCUCUCGCUGAAUUUGAAGAUAUAUCGAGUUUAGAUCCAAACAAAAAUGUGAGCAUUCUAUGCAAUAGCACACUUGCAAAUAAUACCUUUGACUGCACAAAUAUUACAGACUCACUUGAUUACGGUAGACAUGAUUACAGUGAUGCUUUUGCAAUGGAACACAUGUUGAGCAUCGUAGUGCCCAUUCUCUUUGGAGUUAUAGUUGUAGUCGGCUUGUUUGGAAAUGCUUUAGUAGUCAUUGUAGUUACAUGCAAUCCUCAAAUGCGGUCCACAACUAAUUUAUUAAUUAUUAAUUUAGCAAUGGCUGAUUUACUUUUCAUUGUAUUUUGUGUACCGUUUACAGCAUGGGAUUAUGCUUUACCAUACUGGCCAUUUGGAGAUGCUUGGUGCAGAGUAGUGCAAUAUUUAGUGAUUGUUUGUGCUUAUGCAAGCAUAUAUACUUUAGUUUUGAUGUCUCUCGAUCGAUUCCUUGCUGUUGUCCAUCCAGUUACAUCCAUGUCCAUUAGAACAGAAAAGAAUGCAUACAUUGCCAUAGGAUUUAUGUGGUUAGUUAUUUUCGUCUGUUGCAUGCCAGCUUUACAAAGCCAUGGUGAGUUUUACUAUUAUUUCGCUUAUAAAAAGUAUUCUGUCUGUGUGUUCUUGGCGACAGAGGGAUACAAUUAUGCAGCAUUCCAAAUAUGCUUCUUUCUUUCUUCUUACAUAAUUCCACUGGGCUUGAUUUUCUGCCUGUAUAUGCUCAUGUUAAAAAGGCUUUGGUUCGGAGUUACCCCUGGUGGUCGCAUGAGUGCCGAGAGUGUGAAAUCUAAGAAAAGAGUCACCAGAAUGGUGGUAGUCGUAGUGGUAAUCUUCGCCUGCUGUUGGUGCCCUAUACAAGUAGUCCUUGUACUUAAAAGUGUAAGUGCAUAUGAGCUCAACCCAGUGAAUAUCGUACUUCAAAUUGCGGCGCAUAUUUUAGCAUACAUGAAUUCUUGUGUGAAUCCCAUUCUUUAUGCUUUUCUGUCUGAUAACUUUCGAAAAGCGUUUAGAAAAGUCAUCUAUUGCAAUCCACGAUAUAACCAUCCAAGUCACACACGUUUUGAUAGAGCCCAAGAUACCGGAACAUGCACAACUAAAACAACUAAAUCAAAUGAUAUAAUGUGAAAAGAAAAGAAUCACUUUUGAGCCACUCCGAUCUUUUAAGUACAAGGUUUUUAACUUCUGACAAGUGUUUUAAAAUCAUUAUAAAAAUGAUCCAGAAAGAACUAAUUUAUAUAUUUUCAGAUUUUGUGCACCUUGUUAGAUGUGAUCGUUUCUUACUACAUAUCAUUGCUCCAAAUGAAAAGACACACAACUGAAGAACUUAAAUAUCAUUUGCAUAGAAUGACUUUUUAUGACUUGGGCACAAUGUCUGGAGUUUCUCUCUAAUUGAAAUCCAGUGUUUAAAGCUCAUCAGAAAAGGAUAAUUUAUAUUUUACAACAUGAAGGCAUAUAAAUAAUUUGCCACAAGAAUAAAAAAGUAUACAAAUAAUAUGUGAUAUUAACGUGUAUUUUAACCAUGAAUUUACAUAUAUAUAUAUAUAAAUAUUUAUGUGUUUGAGUUUUGUUGUAUGAGGCACAAAUGAGGACAAGAUUUUCUGAACUUUCUUACAAAUUGGAUACAUCGUGAAUGUUGUAAAAAUAUCUUAGUGUUCAAUGUGUAGUUCUAGACAUAAAUAUGACACGUGAUCUAAUUAGAUAUCUAUUAAACGCUGUGUAUUUACUUCUUAUAAAUUUAUGUAUGUCUCCAAUUUUUUUUUCUUCAUAAAUUAAACCCUCUCAUGCAUAUGGGUCGCAUAUGAAGACAAUUAUAUUUUUGCUUCAUAUUGCUAUUCAGAUUGUGUUGUACUUACAUGUAUUCAUUAGGAGACUCCAAACAGUUCUUGAACACUCCACAUCAGAAGGCAGGCCGUACAAGGGAGUUAAAAGAGUUUGGAAGUCAAUGAAGGACUUUUGGAACCCUUUUGACUCUUUGGAAGUUAAUUGAGGAUUCCAGAAAUGUUGAAAAUUUUAUAAUUUAUUAAUUAAUUUUGAUGGAUAUAUUACAAUACUGGAAGGGUUGGUAUCAUUUUAUGUCUUCUUAUACCUUAUAAAUGAAGUUUGAAUAUUAAGUUUUUCCCUGAUUAAAAUUAUGUUGAUAAAAUAUACAACCAAAGCAUCUUUUCUCAGAUGGACAUGAAGACACCCACCAAUGUUUGAC